AUGGGAGCACAGGAUUGGGACGAUGUCUACUUUAUGGUCUCGAACAGAAAACCAAUAUCAGNNGUCAAUCCGUACCUAGAAUGUGUGAUUGAGACAAACCCCGAUGCCUUGACCAUUGCACAGGCGCUCGACGAUGAGCGAGCAAAAGGCAAAACACGAGGACCACUGCAUGGUAUCCCUGUUCUGGUCAAGGACAAUAUGGCUACCAAGGACAAAAUGCAGACGACUGGCGGCUCAUGGGCUCUUCUCGGCGCUAUAGUUCCAAAGGAUGCCCAUAUUGUGUACCUUCUCAGAAAAGCCGGGGCCAUCAUCUUAGGCCAUUCAAACCUGGAUGAAUGGGCUGGCAUGCGCUCGAAAAUAUAUUCAAACGGCUAUUCUGCACGCGGCGGCCAGACCAGAAACCCAUAUAUGCUUAGUCGGAGUCCCCAAGGCUCAAGCUCUGGCUCUGCCGUAUCUGUGUCUAGCAACAUUGUCCCACUUGCAUUCGGCACGGAAACUGAUACCUCGGUCAUCUGGCCGGCCAUGGUCAGUGGCAUUGUGGGUAUCAAGCCCACAGUCGGCUUGACCUCUCGUAGCGGCGUGAUUCCCAUCUCAGAGACACAGGAUUCGAUUGGAACAUACGGAAGAUGCGUAUCUGAUGCAGCCCGUGCUCUUGACGCCAUUGCAGGACCCGACCCAGAAGACAAACACUCAAUUGUUCCUGAGAGACGACAGCCGAAGACUUACGUCGACAGCCUGACUACAAGAAAGGCGUUAUAUGGUGCAAGAUUUGGUCUUCCCAUGAAGCGCUUCUGGGAAUUGGUGCCGAAGCAGCAAAGGAGGGUGGCUGAAAAGGUCCUACGGCUGAUCAGGGAUGCUGGAGCAGAAAUCAUACCGGUUGAGAUGCCUUGUGCCGAGGAACGUAUCGCGCCUGAUGGUGGGUGGGACUGGGAGCAUGGCAAAGAAGAAGUGUCAGAGUUCACCAUCAACAAGGUUGAAUGCUACUAUCUGAUGAACGAGUACCUCAGCAAACUCAAGAACACAAAUAUCAAGACCGUUGAAGAUGUCGUCCGCUUCAAUGAUGAGAACAAAGGAUCCCAAGGAGCCAACCCAGGAGAUCAUCCAGCCUUCCCUUCAGGUCAGGACAACUUCCGUGAGGUGGUUGAAGCAAAAGGAAUUAAAUCUCGAGCCUAUUAUUCCGCCUUUUAUCACAUGCGCAAGCAAUGCCGUGAGAAUGGCAUAGAUGCAGCCUUACACCCAACUAUCGGCGGCAAAAAGAUCUCUCUCGACGCCCUGCUUUUCUGCGAUGUCCGUGGCGCAGGUCAACAGAUCGCUGCUCAAGCUUCAUAUCCUGUCAUGACCAUCCCCAUUGGUCUUGAUCCCGACGGCAUGCCCAUAGGUCUGAAUCUCCAACAUACAGCUUGGGAAGAGGCAACUCUGGUGCGUUGGGCAUCGGCAAUAGAGGAUCUGCUACGUGCAGAAGUUGGACCUAGGAGUCCUCCUCGCUACCAGGACCAUUUGGCCAAAAACAUUCCUGUGGAGAAUGAGUACAGGUAUCCAGGGGCUCCGCCCAGAUUCGGUGAUAGACCUCCGCCUGCUUGA